GACUGUGUGCUCCUCCAGAAGGCACUGGUCACUCUCGAUGGCCUUUAGAAGAACUUCCUUCUCAGGGCUGUCCUUCCGCCCAGAAGGUAGGGAGCUGAAUCACUAAGGACACAAAGGGAGAGGGAGGUGCAAAAAGUGAAGGCUUUAUAUUUCCUUUUGAGGGACACUGUUCGGGUCUAACCUGCCAAACUGUCUACUGAGCCACUGGAAAGCACCAAAGGCAGUGCUUGCGUAAAAAUGGAUUCCCUCAGCACAGCAAAUGUUGAAUUUUGCCUUGAUGUAUUCAAAGAGCUGAACAGUAACAAUGUAGGAGAUAACAUCUUCUUUUCCCCGCUGAGUCUGCUUUAUGCUCUAAGUGUGCUCCUUCUCGGUGCCAGAGGACACAGUGCAGAACAAAUGGAAAAGGUGCUUCACUUCAAUAAUAUUGGAGAAUCAUUAACACCAGAAUUUAAGGACUCAUAUAAGUGCAGCCAAGCUGGAAGAAUUCAUUCUGAGUUUGGAGUCCUAUUCUCUCAAAUCAACCAGCUGGACUCUAACUACACGCUCAGCAUUGCAAACAGACUCUAUGGGACAAAGGCUAAGGCAUUCCAUCAGCAAUAUUUAAACUGUUCUGAGAAAUUGUAUCAAGCUGGGUUGGAAACUGUUGAUUUUGAACAGUCUGCAGAAGAAACAAGGAAAACUAUUAAUGCUUGGGUGGAAAGUAAAACUAAUGGAAAAGUCACAAACCUCUUCGAAAAGGGCACAAUUGAACCCUCUUCUGUCAUGGUCAUGGUGAAUGCCAUAUAUUUCAAAGGACAAUGGCAAAAUAAAUUUCAGGAAAGAGAGACAGUUAGAACUCCCUUUCAGUUAAAUGAGGAUAAAAGUGUAAUUGUGGAAAUGAUGCAUCAAACUGGGACGUUUAAAUUGGCCUUCAUAAAGGAACCACAGAUGCAAGUUCUUGAGCUACCCUAUGUUAACAACAAACUAAGCAUGAUUAUUCUGCUUCCAGUAGGCACAGCCAAUCUAGAACAGAUAGAAAAACAGCUGAAUGUGAGGACGUUUCAUGAGUGGACCAGUUCUUCUAACCUGGUGGAAAGAGAAGUUGAAGUCCACAUCCCCCGAUUCAAACUUGAAAUCAAGUAUGAGCUAAACUCCCUGUUAAAAUCCCUAGGGAUGACAGAUAUCUUUAAUGAGGGCAAAGCUGAUCUUUCUGGAAUAUCGCCUGCCAAGGGCCUGUAUUUGUCAAAGGUCAUCCACAAGUCAUAUGUGGAUGUCAAUGAAGAGGGCACUGAGGCAGCGGUGGCCACAGGGGACAUCAUUGCUGUCAAAAGACUCCCCUUCCGAGCUCAGUUCCUGGCGAAUCACCCAUUCCUGUUUUUUAUAAGGCACAUUCACACCAACGUGAUUCUCUUCUGUGGCAAGUUUGCCUCUCCAUAAACAGAUGAGGCUGAUCAAAGCUCAGAGUCACAAAGGUGGUCCAGGGACAAACUCCAUGGCCAAAAUGUGCAUCAUACCUUACUCACCUCUACUUCGGUUUGCUCCUUUGCAAAACAAGUAGAGGAUUUCUUACAACUUAAUCUGUGAGUUGGCUAACUUAAGUCUGUAUUAAUCAUGGAAGAAGGUACAUUUAUAUAAAAUUUUGCCUUUCUUGUCUUUGGGGCCUCAUAUGAAUGCUGUCUUGGUGACCUGAUUGAGUCAAUGAGGAAAAUUUUUAAAGGAUUAGAUUUUCUGUCUUGUAUAUAUCAGAAAGAGCUUGAAUAAGUGGCUGCUCUGCCUUCAGAAAACUGGCUUAAUUAAGGCUUCGACUUGGGUUGUAUUUUUAAGUAUAGUUUUUGGUGCAUGUGUAAA